AUGUCUUUAGCCGCUGCUGGCAAGGCGAUCGAGCUCAAACGAAUACACGACAAACGCUUUGGAACUGAGUUGACCGAUAGCGAUGGGUGGACCCCGAUCUUUUGGGCUGCCGUCAACGACCGUUCCUCGGCUAUUGACGCUCUCUGUGAGAGAGGAGCGAAUGUGAGUGCCGUCGACAAGAAUGGCGCCACAGCCCUCCACUGGGCAGCUGUGAACGGCAGCAGCAACGCCAUCCACAACCUUCUAAAGCGCGGGCUCAAAGUGACAGCGAAAGACAAGCAAGGACGCACACCAGUGCAGCUAGCCUGGGAAUACGGCCAGGAAAUCUCGCACGAGGUGAUGCGGAGGGGUCGUUCUUUACCCUUGUGUUGGGGUUGA